GUGGAGUUUGUUUCCAGCCGUGAAUAUUUACGUGACGGACAGUCAGAUCUACACAACAUGCAUGGGGAAAUGUUAAUAAGUAUUAUUAUUUUUUACAUUUUAAAUGGUAGUGAAAAUGACCUUUAGUUUAUAAAUCAUGGCGUUGUGUUGUAUUUUCGGCAAUAUUUAGGGCAGCUUUCGUACGCUUAGUGUAUUGCUGCUGUUAACAACAUGCAGGUUAAAUAACUAGCAAUGGCAAGGGGAAGGUUUAUUCUUCUUUGUCUUCACGUGCAGUUUCCCUGAGCCGAAUAGUUAUAUAUGGAGGGAGACUUGGUGAGGUGAUUUAAACAAAAUCUGCUGGUUUAAUUCGUGGAUCGUGACCCAUCUAGUCCGAGAUGCCUAACAGCAGCAGUGCGGCAGUGAAGGCGAAGAGGAGCAGGCGCCGCAGCAGAGCUCCGAGAGAAGAUCCGGCUAGAAACGAGCUGCUCUCCAGCUCUCUCCAAAGCGCACAGCAAUGUCUCCUCCAGCAGGAUUACGGAACCGCCUUCGUUCACUUCCUCCUGGCCCUCAACCUCGCUCCGGCUCUGAAAGAUCUGGCAAGGGAUUCCUUCAGGUUCACACUUCAGAAGUGGGCUGACGAGCUGGACGGCGUGGGUCGCAUUCAGGAGCUCUUCGACUGCUACGAGCAAGCGCUGGAGUUGUUCCCUAAAGAUGAGGUGAUCGUCAACAGCAUGGGCGAGCAUCUUUUCAGGAUGGGUUUCAGGGACGAGGCCGCAGCACAUUUCUACAAAGCCCUGAAACUGAAGCCGGAUUUCCCUGAAGCUAAGGAGAACUUCUACAGGGUGGCUAACUGGCUAGUGGAGCGCUGGCAUUUCCUGAUGCUUAACGACAACGGCCGGAAUCGAAAGUACCAGCUGGCUAUACAGAGGGCGGUGCAGGACGGAUGCAGAACAGUUCUGGACAUCGGAACAGGCACGGGCAUCCUCGGGAUGUGCGCGAAGAAAGCAGGUGCGAGUGAAGUGUACGCCUGCGAGCUUUCUAAGACCAUGUACGAGUUGGCGUGCGAGGUGGUCUCAGCCAACGGCAUGGCUAAUAGCAUCAAGAUCCUACACAAGAAAUCGCUGGACAUGGAGAUCCCGAGAGACAUUCCCAACAGGGUGUCUUUGGUUGUCACAGAAACAGUGGACGCUGGCCUGCUCGGGGAGGGAAUCGUCGAGAGUUUGAUACACGCCUGGAAGCAUCUGCUCCUUCCACCACCAACCUCUGAAGGUGUUCCACUGUCCAGUCCGCCCCAAACGGGUCGAGUGAUACCUGCCGGCGCCGCCGUGUACUGCAUGGCCGUGGAGUGCCACGAGAUCCGCAGACACCACAGUCUGUGUGUAAGUACAGUAGGGGGACUGGACCUGGCCGCAGCAGGACACAUCCGAAGUCCUGUGAGGUGUUCGGGACACACAGACGAGUCGUCUGAGCCGUACACCACCGAGAGGCUGAGCCGUCUGCCGGGAGGCUUCACUGCCCUCACAGAGCCCUGUAGAGUGAUGGACAUAGACUUCAACAACCCACAGGAGCUAGAGGGUCUGAGUCUGAGGGAUGCGGCUGAGCUGCACGUGCACGUGAUACAGGACGGAGACGUCGACGCUCUGGCCGUGUGGUUUGAGCUACAUCUGGACCAAGAGAACAGUAUCUCUACUGGCCCGGACGAAGACACGUGCUGGGAGCAGGCCAUCUACCCGGUCUCGUCUCAAUGCAGUGUGAAGCGAGGUGAUGAACUGCUGGUGGAAGCUUCCUGUAGAGAUGCUUAUCUGAGAGUAUCCUGCGCAGGAGUAAUGAAAAGCAACCAAACACUCCACAUGGAUCAGGCUGCUUCUGCUGAAGCUCCUUCUUCAAACCCUGAACUGGAGCUCUGCAGUGCUCUGGCUGGCCUCCAGACGCACCAGGACCUUCCGGCUCCAUCCUUUAGCCUGGAGUGUUCAGAAAUCGCUCUUCUCAACAACUCCAAUUAUCACGAGUGCUUCCGGAAAGCAAUGGCCAAGCUUUUGUCCUCCUUUGAGUCACGUGGUUCAGAGGUCAAACAGGAAUCUGGCUCCUCGCCAGGGCCGUUAUAUGUGCUGGACGUGUCCGAAGGGUUCUCCGUGAUCUCGCUGAUGGCGGCACGAUUAGGGCCGGCGCGAGCCUACAGCUCGGUGGAGAAGCAACAGCACCAGGCUCUCUUGCAGCUCCUGGCUCGGGAAAACGGAGUGCAUGAGGAUGCGCUGGAGUUCUGGCUCGGCCAUGUGGAGGACGACUCGGCCGUGCUGCAGAGGCCCGAUUCGGAAAAGCUGUGGAGCGCCAUCGUGCUGGACUGCGUGGAGAUCUGUGGCCUGCUCAGACAAAACCUCAUGGAGAAGGCCACCUUAGCUAGAUGUCUCCUGGAGGACGGCGGGCGCAUUUUCCCGGAACGCAUCGUGCUCCACGGCAUGCUGGUGGAAUCGGACACGCUGCUGCAGGAGAGCGCUGUGCAGGGAACAGAACCCACUCUGGGCUUCAACAUCGCUCCCUUCAUCAACCAAUUCACUGUGCCUGUUCACGUGUUUCUGGACUUAUCCACGCUGGAGUGCACACACCUCAGCGAGCCGGCCGAGAUGUUCGUCCUUGACCUUAUGAACACCAACAACAACUACACCAGCAGAGACGUCCGGGUUCGAGUGAACGCCUCAGGCAGGGUGACAGCCAUCCCCUUCUGGUACCACAUCUACCUCGACCCAGACGUGUGUGUGAGCACGUUUCGGCCGGAUUCGCACUGGAAGCAGGUGGCCGUGGUCCUGCAGCGCCCUCUGGUGGUGAACGCGGGUGACUGGGUCAAGCUGCGCGUCCAGUUCCAUAAGAGCAGCAUCUCUAUAACAGCAGUCAGAGAGGAGGAAGAGACUGCAGCACAUUAAGGGAAAUGUUGUGGAAUUCUUUAUACAGGAAAGAGAGGCGGUAUAUCAUGGUGGAUAUUUACAUGGAAAGGAUCUGUAAAGGAAUCUCUUAAAGGGCCGGUGUGUCAUUUUUACAGCCCUCAAUCACCCAAGUGAGGUGAACUGCAGUGCAAACUUUCCCUUUAUUCAGAAUUCGAACACUCCGUCUAAUGAAUGUGCGUCCUGGGAGGGCUGGAUUUUAAGGGGAAAAGGGGCAGGGCUAAAUUCAGGUUUAGGAAAACCUGAAACAGAAGAGAAAUGAAGAAGCAUGCUGCAUUUGUUGCAUGCCAGGAAAUUACAAUUAUAUAACUAAUACAGUCUUUAAAUGAAAAUCCAGACUGCUUCUUUAAAGUACAUGCAGUCUAUAGUUGUUUUUUAAGACUAGAAGACUGAAUCAUCAUGUGCUUCGAUUUGAAUGUUUAAAAACUUUUAUGUACGGUGGCCUGUAAGGAAAUCAAUGUAGCCCUGAACUCAAAAACAGAAAGGGGCGGUCCUUAUUAAAUAUCUGAUUUCUGAUUGGUUACAGCAUGUGUCUGUCUCGGAGCUUAAAUCUAUUCACGCUUAAUGUCAUGUUUAUUUUUUUAUGUUUAUUGAUAUACUCAAAGAACCACCCCCUUCCUUUGAGUGUUGAUGUGUUUUUGCACUUAG